GGUGAGAGUCACAUGACCCUGAGUUGACCAAUCAUGAGAGGGAGAGGAUGGAAAGAGGGAGAGGAAGAGGAAGAUGAGUGGUCUGGUUAAGAGCCCAGAGGUGUCUGAGAUCUCCGCCUCUGAGGGGACCCCUGGGCAACCCCUGACCCUGGGCUGCCAAAUGUCCGGGUUUUACCCUCCUGAAAUCAAGGUGCACUGGCUGCGUGUCCACAGGGACCAGGAGGAGGCGCUCUCAGAGGGCCUGGCCCUCUGGGGGCCCAUAGAGACGCACCCCUACAUCUUCAGGGCCAGCGCCCAGGCCUCGGUCCCAGACAGAGGGACUGAGGGGGGGAACGGGGGGAGCCUGAUCAAGUGCAUCAUCGAACACAGCUCACUGGAGAGGCCCCUAGAGAGACAGUGGAGACACACCUGCACAGGUAAGACUGAGAGACACACCUGCACAGGUAAGACUGAUUCACACACCUGCACAGGUAAGACAGAGACACACACCUGCACAGGUCAGACUGAGACACACACCUAUACAUAUAAUACUGAGACACACUCCUGCACAGGUAAGACUGAGACACACACCUGCACAGGUCAGACAUACUGAGACACACACCUGCACAGGUAAGACUGAUUCACACACCUGCACAGGUAAGACAGAGACACACACCUGUACACAUAAUACUGAGACGCAGACCUGUACAGGUAAGACAGAGACACACACCUGCACAGGUAAGACUGAGAGACACACCUGCACAGGUAAGACUGAGACACACCUGCACAGGUAAGACUGAGACACAGACCUGUACAUAUAAUACUGAGACACACACUUGCACAGGUAAUACUGAGACACACACCUGCACAGGUAAGACU